AUGGUCAAAAAAUACAUUUUAUUCGUAAUGGGAAACCCACUAUUAGAUAUCCAAGUGAAAGCAGAUGAGAACUUACUUGAGAAAUAUGGGCUCAAACCAAACGACUCUAUUCUGGCCGAAGAAAAACAUAUGCCAUUAUAUGUAGAAAUUGUUAAAAAUUAUAAGCCCACAUACGUGGCUGGUGGGGCAGCCCAGAAUACUGCACGUGGUGCUCAGUAUCUUUUACCACCAAACGCUACUAUAUACGUUGGAUGUGUCGGCAACGAUCACCUUGGCAAGCAAUUACGAAUGGCAGCCGAAAAAGAUGGAUUAUGUGUUGAAUAUAUGGUCGUGGAUGAUGUUGCUACGGGAACUUGUGCUGCGCUCCUCACCGAUCAUAAGAGGUCAUUGGUAGCUAAUCUUUCCGCUGCCGAAAAAUAUCAAUUGAGUGAUUUAAAAUCCCCAGAGAAAUGGAAACACGUAGAAAAUGCUGAAUACUUUUAUAUUAGUGGUUUCUUUUUGACCGUUUCCGUACCUUCGGCUCUCGAAGUUGCUAAACAUGCUUCCGAGAAAAAUAAAGUGUUUAGCAUGAAUCUCUCAGCUCCUUUCUUGGCUCAAUUUUUCACAAAGGAUUUGGAUGCGUUGUCUCCGUACUGGGAUCUCAUAUUUGGUAAUGAAAAUGAAGCCGAGGCUUUUGCGAAAGCACAUGCGUGGGAGCAUGAGGAGAUCAAACAGAUUGCACUCGCUAUAGCUCAACUACCAAAAAUCAACACGAAACGUCAACGAGUCGUGGUGAUUACACAAGGCGCAGAUCCUACAAUAGUAGCAUACCCUGAUGGUACUAUAAAGGAAUAUCCAGUUAUCGCCAUCGCGGAUGACGAAAUCGUCGAUACAAAUGGAGCUGGUGAUGCUUUUGUUGGUGGAUUCCUGAGUCAGUACGUUCAAGGCAAAUCCAUAGAGGAAUCGGUCGCCGCUGGGCAUUGGCUUGCUAAUAUCAACGUUAAACAAAUAGGUGCUACCUAUCCUGAAGAGAAAAUUGCGUUCGUUCCUAAAUGA